GCGAUCAAUUUGAGGCCUUCCCCAGAUCAUUGCUGAACUCGCUCUGCACGGGGCGUUGGAGCAGUUUGCAUUCCCUGGACCACGAGGGACGCAUCUUUCUUGACUUGGAGCCCACGCAGUUUCGAGCCAUCUUGGACUGGGCCUUUGAGAACGCGGAACGCAGCGAGCGGCCGCGCUUGGCCGAAGCCUCGGAGCCACACGCCUGGGGCCUGGACCGAGCCGAUGGAUGA